AUGACAUUAAACAUGACUAUCUAUAUGUUAGCCAUAAUUGAUAUAGUCGCCGACCGCUAUUCGGCUAAAGGCUUAAAUUAUACCAUUACCUCUUACUUUGGAUGUCACUAUGUAUACCUACUGAGUUUUGUCAAAGAUAUAAUCGCAUACCUUCCUAGUGAGGAUCAAUUCUUUAUCGAGCUAUUCCUCAAAGUCAUAAUGCGCCCCGUGCGGCAGAAGGUCUGUUAUCAGAGGCAGCAGAUCCGCGCGGGGAUUGUAACUCCUGAAGAAGCAGGAGCUCUGAUUCCGAGGAGGGACCUGAAGCUUGCGGCUAUAUUUAAAACAGAAGUACCGAGAUCGUGCAAAUAG